CUCUGGACACACCCCUGCUCUCGGGGAUUCAUUAUUCCGCACCUUUCGCGAAACAACCACCCGGAGGAUUCCGGAGCCCGUUUUGGGAAGCCCCACUUCAUCGGCUCCUCCUCCCUGUGCAUCUCAUCAGUGUGGUGACUCGGGCUCCAGCCUGGGUGGAAGGGGAGGAGCAGGCUGAGGCUGUGUGCUCUGCUCCCAUGUUGAUAUUUGUUGUUUGCGAGGGUGGCAGCGACGUGCGUGGACAGGAACACGAUGUGAGCGGAGGGCUGUCGACUGGCCUGGCAGCGCGUUUACCGGGAAAAGCUGUAACUUUUCUUCCAAAUCCCUGGCUGGAUGUUGACGGUAUCCGCGGAUGGUUGCUGUAGAAACAGUUGGCCAUAUGGCUGCUCGGUCGGUGUUGAGCGCAGGGACUCGUUGAGGAUGCUGGAGCUCGUCUGAGAGCACCCCACCGUGUCUGGAUUUCCCUUCGCUUCCACAACCAACUUAUUUUUUUCUUUUCUUAAACCGACGAGCCAAAUUAAAAACUCAUUUGUUUAAACUUAUUUUUUUUUAAAAGAUGGUGUCAUUCGCUUUGUCCUCGGCUCGUAACAAACCCGGGUAACGAGAGGAGAAGCUACGCGACAGCAAACCGACACGACGACUUUCCCUCGAGGCUGCUCUGCCCCGGGAUUUGUUCAGCUCUGGGGAUUUUAAUCAGCCGUUGAUGCAUCUCGGGGUGUCAGAGUCCAUGAGAGAGUGCGAGUACAGCCAGAUCAGUACUCGCAGCUCGACACCGAUGGAGACCCCGUACAAGAAAAGGACCCCAAAGAAGAGGAAGUGGGAGAUCUUCCCGGGGCGGAAUAAGUUUUACUGCGAUGGCAGGAUUAUGAUGGCCAAGCAGACGGGGGUUUUCUACCUCACCCUUAUCCUCAUUCUAGUCACUUGUGGACUUUUCUUCACCUUUGAUUGUCCGUUCCUGGCGCAGCAGUUGACUCCAGUCAUCCCGGUCAUAGGAGGUGUGCUGUUUCUGUUUGUGCUGGGGACGCUCCUGAGAACGAGCUUCAGUGACCCCGGAGUGCUGCCCAGGGCCAGCCCAGACGAGGCCGCCGACCUGGAGAGGCAGAUAGAUGUGGCUAAUGGCGGUACCGGCUACAGGCCCCCUCCCAGGACUAAGGAGGUGGUCAUCAAUGGCCAGACAGUCAAACUGAAGUAUUGCUUCACCUGCAAGAUCUUCAGACCACCGCGUGCCUCCCAUUGCAGCCUCUGUGACAACUGUGUGGAGCGCUUCGACCACCACUGUCCCUGGGUGGGGAACUGCGUGGGGAGGAGGAACUACCGCUUCUUCUACAUGUUCAUCCUCUCGCUCUCCUUCCUCACCAUCUUCAUCUUCGCCUUCGUCAUCACGCACAUCAUUUUAAGCUCUCAUCAAAACGGCUUCCUCAGCGCGCUCAAAAACAGUCCUGCCAGUGUGCUGGAAGUGGUGGUGUGUUUCUUCUCUGUGUGGUCCAUCGUGGGCCUCUCAGGCUUCCAUACCUACCUGAUCAGCUCCAACCAGACCACCAAUGAAGACAUAAAAGGUUCAUGGUCAUCUAAAAGAGGGAAGGACAACUAUAACCCCUACAGCUAUGGAAACAUAUUCACCAACUGCUGCGCAGCGCUGUGUGGACCCCUGCCACCGAGUCUCAUCGACAGACGCGGCUUCGUCGAGGCAGACGUGCCACAGUUGGCACCACCAACCAAUGGUAUCACUAUAUAUGGCUCCACCCAGUCUCAGCAGAGCCACACGUGUGACCAAGACCAGUGCAUUCAGAGCACCAAAUUCGUUUUGCAGGCCGCCGCCACCCCGCUACUCCAACACCAGAGCAGCGAGCCUGUCAUCCUAACCACAUCCCCCGAAAACGGAGGGACGCUACCUGGCCGCGCCUCCCUCGCCCUGACGGGGCCCUGCACCUCACUGCCCCUCGGCCAGCCCACCCCUCCGACCUCCACCUCCAGCUUAAGCUGCCACGAGGCCGCCGACAAGCUGCCGGUCCAUGGACACACCCUCACACACAACCACAGCAACCCCCUGCAGGAGUCGUUGUUCCAGCACCACUUCCUUACGCCAGAGGAAGUGCCGUCGCCGCCCGGCAUGCUUCACUGCGGCAGCCCCAUGGGCCACAGCCACACCACGCAGGCCGGCUUCUACGACCCGGCCAGCCAGGACUCGCUGCACGAGGACUCCGUCAGAGGGCUGGUGAAGCUCAGCUCCGUCUGACGCCCCCAAUGAAAACACUGAGAUCACUGAAGUCUGCUGACCCCCACCCACGCUCACAGGUGGUGGUUUAAACUCAGCUGUUGGAACCUGUGGACCUAAAUCAGAUUUGUCUUCUGACGUUUUUCUUCCCAAACGUCGCAGCUGGAGCUGGAAGAUCCUUCCUGUUAUUUUUGUUUGAAACUCGGGGGAAGUUUAAUCCGUUAACUCUUUGGAAACUUCACAGGAGACGUUUCAGGUUUUUAUUCCACUUGAAUCCAAAAUAAAAGUUUGGGUGAGAAGGCUGAGCGUCGCAGCUCUGACUCACUUCUUUUCUAAAACCUUCUCCUGUGUGCCCGUUGCUGAUUGGACGGUGUCUUCUUGCCUUUUUUUUUCCUUGGACAUGGUCAGCAGUGCGAUGGUUGAUGUCUUCAUGUUGCAUAUCAUCAGGCUUUUCUAUGUAAAAGAGACUGUUGUAUUGUACUAUGGUUAUUACAACUUACAGAUUAUAUUUCCUGUGGAUAUUAAUAAAACCAUCUUUUUAUCACAUUUGGCUGCGUUUCUAUCGAAGGCGUUUAUGUGACAGUCAUGUGAUGCUGACGUUUUAACAUUUAUGGAUGAUUUUGAGCUCUUAGCUGGACGCACAGAAAAGGCCUGAAACAGAAGAGCUGUGGGUCCACACCUCAGAGGGUCAGUCUGGCCAAAGACGCUGAUGGUUUGGUAGAAACUGACACUCCCACUUUUAAUGCUCUUCCACCCCCUUGUGGUCGAGCAGAAACACUGCAGCUAAGAUUUAAAUUUACAUUCUCUUAUGAAACCAAGAGGAAAGGAUAUCAGCCUCAUGUUUACUAACAUUAGUGUGAUGUCACACCAGCUGUAGGCUGACUUUAAAGGCUCAAAGACGGUGUGAUGACUCACAGUUCUCUCUUGGUCUGCUGAGACAAACAAAAAUCACAUUAUUAUUUAAGGAUCCCUGAAUUUCAGUUUUUGACCAACAAAAGCCACAAAAAUAUCUGAGCCUCGUCAUCAGUCUGUGACCCCUCUGCUGUGGGCAGUUACAGUAAAACCAUGUUUGUGUUUGGGAAGUUAAAGAAUUGCAAACACAAUUCCUGAAAGUUGGGAGGAAUUAAAAUGUAAAUAAUAAGAUUUGAGGAUAUUCUUCUUAAACCCAUAAUUUAUUCAUAAUAGAACAUAA